AUGCGCACGGGUAUUCUCUCCCUCACCACGCCGAUUCCCUCUCCCGGAUCGUCUGGUGUAAAUCUCUUCACACAGGACCUUGCUUCCCUCGGAGCGCUUAUGGCCAGACCGUAUGUUUUUCCUCCCAUGGCUUUAACGGGACCUGUCUUAAAAUUUCUGCAGAGUUUUAAACAGUCGUGCACAGUAGUGGUGCUGGACGUGUUUCCCAAGAAGUACUGGUGGCCUCUCCUUAUGAAUAAAGCUGUAAAGAGUAGAUGUCUGGCUGUUCGUGGCGAUGGCAACGCUCUCUUGGUCCCGUCCAAAAAGGGGUGGCUGCCUCACAAGGGCAUUCCUGGAGAUCUCUGGGUUUUUGCAGUGUGUUUUUAGGUGUGUCUUGGCAUACAUUUUGAUCUGUUGUGCUACUGGUUUGUGGUGUAUGAUAGGGUUCUUCUUUUCUGGUUUGUAGGAGCUUCCAGUCAUGGCAAAGCUGUUUGUCCAGUCGGUUAAAUGCCCAACCUGUGGACACGCUAAUGAUUUUGACUUCCGUUUUUGUCAACGUUGUGGCUACAAGCGAAAGGUUAUGACAACGCUUGUCAAGGAACACUCUGAUGUUAUCGUUGACCCUGAUGGAAUUGAAGUGCGGUUGCAGCAGUUACUUCACUACGAUCAGGCAACCAGUUAUAAAAAGCAGAAGGAUUCUCUUCAGAGGGAACUUGAGGCUUUUCUUGGUGCUCUGCCGGGUUUUGUUACUCUCGCGACAGUGACGCCUAGGGACUUGUUUCGCUUCCUGAUCUUUAAAGACAAGCGUGGCAAAACACAGGUACACCUCAAUACGUGUGAAUUUCUGGGUCAGCGUGGUAAACAGUCAUGUGGCUGCCCCUUGAGAUUGUCGUACAAGACUGUGGAUUCUUACAUAGGAAAGUUAAGAUCGAUUUUCCAUUCCGUUGGUCGGGACGGAGAGUGGGACAAGCGGCUAGGUCUUGGUAACCCAGCCUCUGAUAAAUUGGUUAAAGAUUACCUUCGUCUUGUCACAGCAGAGCAGUUACAGGCCCGUGUUACUCCAAAACAAGCCACGCCAUUCUUUGUGGACAAAUUGACUCAGUUAUCGAAGUAUCUUGAAGGCGAGCUAGCGAGAUCAAAGUCGAAACUUGACCGUUUCAUUAUCGCACGUGACCAAGCUUAUUUUAAGUUGGCAUUCUUUAGUGGGGACCGCCCAGGAGAUCUUGGUCAGGUAAAAGUUCCGGAGAUCCUUCGUUUUCCAAAUGAUGAUGGGUUCUUAUUUAAUCAUAUCUGGGGUAAGACUUUGCGGGAUGGUGACAGUAAUGUCUUUGGUGUUCGCAGAAAUCCCCAGUCGGUCAUCUGUCCUGUGAAGGGCGUUGAGCAAUAUGUCGAAGUGGCAAGGGAGUUAGGCGUUGAUUUAACAAAGGGAUAUUUGUUUCGUCCGACAACUUCUAAUAAUGGUGUCCAAGAUUCUCCAUUUAGUUCUUCAGCAGCAGAUGCGCGUCUUAAAGUGUAUCUCAAGCAGAUGAAAGCUGAUGAUGGUGAGACAUUGCAUGGCUUUCGUUCGGGUUGUGCGAUAACGUUGCCCGGGGGGGGCACUUGGGUAUUUUUUGGGUGGGUAUGUGCCGCCCGGGACUCCAAAAUGGCACCCCGUUCUGGAAAAAAUUUCCCCUAAAAUUGAUACCCCGUUCUAGAAAUGGGCCAAUUUUUUAUACCCCGUUCUAGAAUUCGCCCCAAAACUGAUACCCCGUUCUAGAAAUGGGCCAAUUUUUUAUACCCCGUUCUAGAAUUCGCCCCAAAACUGAUACCCCGUUCUAGAAAUGGGCCAAUUUUUUAUACUCCGUUCUAGGGUGCAACAAGAGUACAACGGUUUGCUUGUUAACGCAUUGAACCGUAUUUUUAAAAGCAAUCUGUCCUUGAAUACUUUCAAAUGGCUGCCAACAAAAAUGGAGCUUUCGUGCGUUCCAAAUAUUAUACCCCGUUCUAGAAAACACCUCUCAAAUGGAUACCCCGUUCUAAAUCAGGAGCUUCAAAAUCACGACCCCUUUGGGCGGCACAUACCCGUAUAUGUAAUGUAUGGGAGUACCCCCCCGGGUAACGUUGGCCCUCACAGGAGCGGAUCUGUCUGAGAUUAUGGAACACGUGGGUUGGGCUAGGAGGCAUACCGCCUUAUAUUACCUUCAGCUGGCCAAGGUUCUGAAACAUGAUGGCCCGUCGGGACGACUUGCUACGCCUUCUGCUGAGAAUGUGGUGGCUCCAUGGCAGGAUGUGAAUCAGCUGAAACGUUUUGUGUGUGCUUUUCCAGCUGCUGAGCAGAGGAAACGCCCAGCAGAAUGA